AUGAGCCAGUCCAGGGCAUGUGGUGGAUCAGAACAGAGUGCUGGAAUAGAUGAACAGCUGAGUAGAAAGUAUCACACUACAAACAAGCUUCUUACUACCAAAGAUUCCCCACAGCCUGUCGAGGAGAAGGUGGGUGCCUUCACGAAGCUCAUCGAAGCCAUGGGAUUCACCGGACCUCUGAAAUACAGGUGUCAGAUUCCUGAUACGUUCAAUUCAUGGUUUCUUAUAACCCUACUUCAUGUCUGGAUGUGUCUAGUCCGAAUGAAACAGGAAGGCCGAAGCGGGAAAUACAUGUGUCGCAUCAUAGUUCAUUUCAUGUGGGAGGAUGUUGAACAGCGUGGCAAAGUAAUGGGGGUUAACCCUUAUGUCCUGAAGAAGAACAUGGUCCUCAUGACAAAUAGUUUCUAUGCUGCGAUCUUGGGGUAUGAUGAGGGGAUCCUUUCAGAUGAUCAUGGCCUGGCUGCUGCCCUAUGGAGAACUUUCUUCAACCAAAAAUGUGAAGACCCGCGACAUCUUGAACUUCUGGUGGAAUAUGUGAGGAAGCAGAUUCAAUACCUGGACUCCAUGAAUGGCGAGGAGCUGCUUCUGACAGGGGAGGUGAGCUGGCGCCCUCUCGUGGAGAAGAAUCCUCAAAGCGUCCUGAAACCCCAUCCUCCAAUUUAUAAUGAUGAGGGACUUUGA